AUGACGAUGAUGAUGAUGAUGAUGAUGAACCCAAAUGUUAACCCUUUGUCAGGUUUUCAAAGCAACGACUGUGUCCCUGAGGGGCAGGGCUGGGAAGGGGUCAUAGGUUCUGUCUACAAGAGUGGUCUGCAGGGGCCAGUAGCCCUCAGGGAAAAGAAGCCUGGAGCCCAAGGAAUAAGUGAAGAGAUAAUCAGAGUAGAUGUUCUCUUCGAUGAGAAUUGGGGCAGGAAACGAAGCGGGCGCGGCGAGAAGAGGCGGGACCAGGCAGAAGUGGGCGGGACCGGAGUGGCCGGAGGGAGGCGUGGUCGGACCUCGGUGGGCGGGACAUGAGGGGCGGAGUUUAGGCCUAAUCCGAGCGGCGGAGGCGCGGUGGAAUUUAGAAAGGAAGCGGGCGCCGCGGGGCGAGGCGGGGCCAGGCUGCGAUGGGCGGGGGUGAGGGCGGGGCCACAGGUGGAGCUCGCUCGCGGACAGGCGGAGCCCUGGGUCUGGCGGAGAGAGGCGGGGCCAGCCGGGUGGGUGGGGCCGGAGAGGAGAGUCCUUUACGGGGCGGGGUUCACCGCGCGCGGGUGCCGAGCCCUGCUACUCGGUCGGUCGCCUGCUCUGCAGCUGCAUUACCUGCAGGAUCCCGGGACGCGGCACCCCGGGGGUGGAGGGCGAAGGAACGCGGCGAUGGUCCCAGGAGAACUCUCGGGGUCCGCGGUCCUGGCCACCGCCGUCUUCGUGGGAGGCACCGUGAGUUCGCCGCUAGUGGCUCCGGACAAUGGGGGCAGCCGCACGUUGCACUCCAGAACACAGACGACCCCAGCGCCCACCAACAACACGGGCAGCGGACACCCAGAGUAUAUCGCCUAUGCGCUCGUCCCUGUGUUCUUCAUCAUGGGUCUGUUUGGUGUCCUCAUCUGCCACCUGCUUAAGAAGAAGGGCUAUCGUUGCACCACAGAAGCCGAGCAAGAGGUGGAGGAGGAAAAGGUUGAAAAGAUAGAGUUGAACGACAGUAUGAAUGAAAACAGUGACACCGUUGGGCAGAUUGUCCACUAUAUCAUGAAAAAUGAAGCAAACGUUGAUGUUUUAAAGGCAAUGGUAGCAGAUAACAGCCUGGGAGACCCUGAAAGCCCAGUGACUCCCAGCACUCCUGGGAGCCCACCUGUGAGCCCCGGGCCCUUGUCACCAGGAGGCACCCCGGGGAAGCACAUCUGUGGCCACCAUCUGCACACAGUGGGCGGGGCCGUCGAGAGGGACGUGUGUCAGCGGUGUAGGCACAAACGGUGGCACUUCAUAAGACCCACCAACAAGUCCAAACAGGGCCACGCGAGGCGUCAAGGAGAGGUCACGGUCCUCUCCGUUGGCAGGUUUAGAGUGACGAAAGUGGAACACAAGUCAAAUCAGAAGGAGCGGAGAAGCUUGAUGUCCGUUAGCGGGACCGACAGCGUCAAUGGGGAGGUGCCUGUGACCCCUGUGAAGAGAGACCAAAGUGACACGGAGUAGCAGGGGUGACUUUAUUGGAAGAGUUCUAAGACGCCGGAGACUUCCAAGAGAAGAAGUUGCCUGCGGAAUUUUAAAAAAUGUUUAUACAGUUUCUAUUGCGGAGUCUGCAGACAUGGGGGUAAAAGUUAAAAGGGAAUAUUUGCGCUAUGCUCGGUACAGAAUUCUGUUUGUUUGGAAACACGUUUUGGGUUAAAAAGUCUGAUGGAAAAUUUAGUACCUUUCCAGUGAAGAAAAGAGCCCAUUUUUCAGUUUUCCCCAACCACCAGACCUCCCAGUCCCCCAUCUCUGGCCUUGGCACCACUGGUAAUUUUUCCAGCGUGAUCACUCUUCGCAGGGAACUCUUGGUGUGCAAUCCGAGCCGAUGCUCGGGGGUGUUAGUGUGUGAAUGUGUGUGCACAUGUAUGUACACGCGCACACGGACACCUCUGUUCUCCCAACCCAUAGGUCUCAUUAUGCAACUAGUUGCAAGAAGAUUCUCUUGCAGUUUAACUGUUACAGAAGAUAAAGAUGAAACUUCAGUGGUAAAAAGUCCUUGCAGAGAGUGUGGUUUAGCCCCGAGAAAUUGGCCCCCCGAGAAGUCAGGGGGUCCGAUGGAACCAGACACCAGACUUUUAAGCCUUGGACCAAGACAUCAACAUUAACUCGCUGCCACUGUGCCACUCUUCUGUCACCAAGAAGAUCCUGAGAGUAUUUUAUUUUAUUUUUUUUCGUAACUUGCGCUAAGCGAUUCUUACUUAGUCCAUUGAAUAAAGGGGGACAGUAGUUUAAAGUGACUAAAAACAAAAUAAAACAACAAAAUGCCUGUUUUGACAAAACAAACACACCCAACUUCCAGUGUAAAAUGGGCCCUACCUUCCUCCGCUGUGUUUUCCGAGGGCACUUCCUACUUCAUGUCUUGUAACCGAGGCUUCUUAUUGAAAAAAUCCUGGAGGUUUGUGUUUCCCUUGGAAGCCUGGAAAGCCCCACUUUUAUGUAUUUACUUGUUUAGCUCUGCUGUGUAUGAAACCCCCGCAAGAACCAGAGGCAGAGAUAGUGGUGCAGCUCUGACCGUUGUGGGCCCAGGGGCUGGGAGGGUCCAGUAACAGGAAGGUCUCC